UAAAAAGCAAAUUUGAAAAGUGAAAAAAGAAAAAGAAAAGAAAGAACGGGAAAAAUAAGAGUGAAUCCUCGGUCAAACGGGGGCCGAGUAGCACCAAAGAGCAUGAAGAUGAGAGUGGACUUCGUCACUACGAAAUAGUGCAACACCGAGACGAAAUUGUGAUCUCUGCGGGCGAAAGCAUUUGAUUUUAUGAAAGAAGAAGCGAUGUCUAGGAAGUUUCUACCUGAAGAAGUCGUCGUAGAAAUCCUCUUGCGAUUACCGGUCAAAUCUCUGGUACGAUUCAGGUGCGUGUCUAAACGAUGGCUCUCACUAAUUUCGGAUCCCCGAUUGGCUAAAUCGCAGUUCAAGCGAGCAGCUGACCACAUCCAACGACUGCUUUUUCCAACCCCUUUCGGACUUGGAUCCCUAGAAGUCGAUGCACCAUUUGGGGACGGCUCCGCUCUUAGAGAACUCUUCGUCCCAUUUAAGCAACCGGAUCUUCGUCUUAACUUGCUAGGUUCUUGUGACGGUCUGGUUUUUGCGUCUCACUACGACCAUAAGGAUUUCUAUAUUUGGAAUCCAUCGACCGGAGAGCACCGGAAAUUGCCUGACCCUGGGAUUUCUCCCCAUCCUGACAACGAAUACAUGUAUGGCUUUGGAUAUGAUUCAUCCAUCGAUGACUAUAAGGUUAUAGUGAUCGCUUUCCUUCCGCCGCGUCCCUGUCCCGGAUAUGUAGGGGCGCUUUGUGGUGGGGCUGUCCAUUGGCUAGGUGGAGUGUUCCGUCCGGGGCCCAAUCUGGCAAUCCUUGCGUUUGAUUUAGCUGAGGAGAAAUUCCGUCAGGUGCCCAUGCCCCCCAAUGCUUGAAGAAGAGGAUAAUGAGGACUACUAUGACAUCGCUUAUACUUGUUUGGUCAAUCUUGGAGGACGUCUAUGUUUAAUCCUUCUUUGGGAUGCCGAUGAAGAGCUAUGGGGGAUGAUGGAAUACGGAGUGCAGAAAUCAUGGGCGCGUAUGUUUAGAAUUGACGGAGAUUAUAGUCCUCAACCACUUUGCAUGGCGAGAGGUAAUCAGCUUGUGGCAACAAAUGAUGAUGGAAACGUGUUGAUUAGGGCUAAUCCUGAAGGGAAGAUUGUUGAAAGUUGUGUGUUUUGCAUUGAGCAAAGCCCAAAUUGGCAUGAACCAUCGGCUGUCUUUGUUGAGAGUUUGCUUUCACCUUUGUUUGCUUUGGAGUUUUGAAAUCUCAUCUCUUUUACGAGUCAUGGUUGGGGAUUUAUGUUGGAGAGUAUGUUCUUGUUUACACUGUAUUCUCCAAUUUGCACAUGUAUUGCUUCCCAUGUUGACCUCUUGUCUCCAUAAUAAAUGUUCCGCUGUUACCCAUCCA